AUGGGUCUGAGACUGAGACACCCAGUCGGUCUCCUCCGUGCCUGCAGAAGGAACACCUCCUCAUCAUCGAGAUCAUUUGCCACCGCCAUUCAAGAUGGCUUGCAGGUCAAGCCCAUUGCGGGUUCGCUGGGCGCUCAAAUCACAGGCAUCGACCUGCGCUCCAUAACAGAAAAGCAAACACGAGAAGUCCGCGAGGCUUGGCUCAAGCACAAGGUCAUCUUCCUGCGAAGACAUGAGCUCGAUCCUGGACAGUACCUCAACUUCGCCAGGACCAUCGGCAAGCCGAGCCCAUACCCAAUGGUGCCUGGCAUCGAGGGCUACCCAGACAUCACCCAUGUCCUGAAGCGAGAACAUGAAACCACCAACUUUGGCGGAAUCUGGCAUAGCGAUACUGUGUAG